GCUAUAGCGUAUUUGCAUACGAUCAUGUGUUCCUUCAUUCUUCUGAUCGCUCUGUUCACUGUCUUGGGCAGCGGAUACGACAUCAGCAAAUUGCCUGUGGGAGUUGCUGAGCAGUCUUAUGACGAGAGCAUCGGCAAGGGCUACAAUAUUGAUAUGGAUGGACUACCAGGGAACUCUAAUCUGCCAUACUACGGCAGGCCCACGAAUUGCACUUGGCGCGAUGGACAAGCUGUUGGGAGCUGUGAUUGCCCGAACGAGCAGAGCAAUUUCCUGCUUCACAGCCCUAGCGGUAAAACUGGCUACGCGAUCUGCGCUAAGCCAUGCGAUCAAGCCUCGGAAUGUCCUCCGGCUCCUGACAGUGCCAGUGUCGAUGUCAAGUGUGUUCUGUUUCGCUGCCUCCUUGACUGUUCAGGCUUCUUCGAUCGUUGCACACAGGAGGACUAUUCCGUUUGUAUGAACUACCACAUGGGUGAGGAAACAGGCACCAUGUGUCUAUGGAUCCUUUGAGAACUACCGCGGAUCAUUCACCAUUACUCACUGUUCGAUUACUCAGGAUAUGCAGUGAGUAUUUUCUUGAACGCUAAUAUGCAGUGAGUAUUUUCUUGAACGCUAAUUGAGCGACAUAAUAGUUUAUCUCUUCAUCCGAUUAAUCUAAUCAUCCAAUUUCGAGAGUUUUGAACCAAAUGCUCAUUCGAUUCGAUCGUUGUU